GCCGCGGAGGAGAAGGUCUUGAAGUACUACAAGAAGCACUGGAAGAUGGGUCAGAAGCGGCGGCAGGAGCAGCAGGAAAGGAACCGAGUCGCCGACGAGGAAAGGAAGAGAAAGGCCGAUGAGAAGAAGAAAAAGGACGAGGAGGAGUACAGAAAAAGAAUGGAGGAGGCGGAGAAGAGCAAGGCGAAUGCGCCCAAGAUCGAAGAGGUCACAGAAGAGGAAGCUAGCCAGAUCAAGGCAGACAAAGCCAAAAAGAGCAACGAAGACGAGGGCGGAGAGGACAAAGAGGCAGAGGAGAAGGAAGACAAAGA